UCUAACCUACCUCCUCUUCGCCCUCUUCACCUCCCUCCACCUCUACGCCAAUUACCGGGCAGUGCGAGGGGUGGUGAUGGAGACCCUGAACCGCGCCAGGCUGGGCAUCGUGCUGAGACGCUACCUGAGAGAUGGCAUCGUGCCCAACCCGCGCUCCGUCAACCAGCAGGAGCCGUUACUGCCCGGGUUACACCCGCGUUCCUCUAUCAGAAUAGGAGCUCCGCUGCAUUACGUCAUUCGCAGUGUUGAAGAGUACCAGAGAGCGACGGCACACAAUGAGAAGAACUAUCUACUGGGUGUGAUUCGAAAUACUGAUGAGGUGUCAGUGGCAUUGAGAGAUGGAGCGGGAAGCGAGGAUGUGAUCCAGGCCUAUGUCCACGCAGAGCUGCUCAGGCUCCUCCUGUCCCAGGAUAUUGGCCAACUGUGUCCCCAGGCUUCGGUCUUCCAUCAGCUGCAAGAGGCCGUGAGACACGCCCCCGACGAGCGGAUGUGGGAUGUGGUGACGGGCUCCCACGGCCUGAUGGAUGCCCUGUUUCCUCGGCUGCUGGAGGAGCUGAGGGGAGCCGGCUGGCUGACAGACAGACACCUGCUCAGCGUAGACGAGUGGAGGGCCACGUGGGGGCCAGAGACCAAGAAACUCUGGUGAUAGCAGAGCGGGGGGCAAGAUAGGCAGGUGGACAGACAGGCACACAGAGGGUUGACUUAGUCAGUACACUUUACAGUGUAUCCCAUGAAGCGCU